CUGUACAGGUAAUCCAGUUUAUAAAUUCCACUGUAAAGCCUUGGUUGGUUUAUUCUUGAGGCCACCAAGCUCCAUGAUAGGAUUUGUGUCUAUGGUACAAUUUGAGUUGGUAUUGAAUAUUCAGAGCCUUUAUUAUAUUAGUAAAUGUAGAAACAUCUUUACAAAGAAUUUAAGAUAAAGUUCAUAUUAUUUAAGGCAAUGCUAAUCUUACAAAGCAUUGAGUAAAAUCUAGGAACGCCAUUUGUCCAAUCCAUCGAAGUUCUCUUUUUUCCAGAUAUCUCCUUUUGUACUAGGUUGCUGUUAAAUAGGCAAGUGAAGAUGUUGGUGCUUAACUGUUCCACAAAACUGCAGGUUCUAGAACAAAUGUUAAAGAAGAAUUUUCCUGAAUCUCUCAAGGUUUAUGGAGCAGUGUUGAAUAUAAACAGAGGAAAUCCAUUCAAAAAGGAAGUGGUUGUGGAUUCAUGGCCAGAAUUUAAAGCUGUGAUUACUCGCCGACAAAAAGAGUCCAAAAGUGAUGCCCUAGACUACUUUACAAAUGCCUGUGCUGUUUUCUACAAAAAUCUGCAAGCUUACCAGGCAUUGUUGGAGAACCCAGAAACUAUAAACUGGGAGCAAGCCUUCCAGAUACAAGGUUUACAGGAUGAUUUAUACAAAACUUCCAAGAUUGUUGCUGAUGCCAAGCAUGUAAAUGUGAAGUUGUCUUCUUUCAAAAUGGUAAUCUGCCCAAACCCAGAUGCACUUCCAGAUGUUCAACUUCCGUUAGUUCCUGCACCGAAACUGACUUCCCUUGAUGCAUCUCAUGCAAGUCUGCUGAAUAACACCUGGUCCCGAGGAGGAAGUGACCAAUGCCAGAAAUACCUCAUCAACCUCAUUUGCUGUUUCCCCAGCAUGUGCGUUUUGGAUGAACAUGGAUGCCCCAUCUCCUGGGGUCUGACAGACCAAUUUGCUACUAUGAUCCAUGGCUAUACAUUGCCUAAGCAUCGUAGGAAAGGGUACAACCGUCUCAUUGCAACAAAUCUAGCUAAGGUGUUACACAGCAAGGGGUUUCCGGCUCAAGGAAAUGUUCUGGAGGAUAACUUACCAUCAUUAACUCUGCUAAAAAGCAUGAAUGCCAGAUUCUUACCUUGUCAGUUUGUCAGACUUACCCACAUCCCUUUCUGCCUUUUAGCUAAACCUGAGUGAACUUGGUGGAUUCUAUGAUGGUUGGAAAAUGUAGCUAUCUAAUUUGAGGAAUCAAACCUUGUAUUUGAUGUUAUACACGUCUGAACAUGUUAUGAUAUAUUUAGAGAUAACCUUGAAGUCCAUUUAUGAAAUGGCAAUGUUAUUCCAUAUUAAAGUUAAUGCAACUUUUAAAGGAACAACAGUUGUUUUCAAGGUUAGACAGAGACCUGAUAAGAGAUCUUUAAGAAAUAAUAGAGUAGUGCUCAAUUGGAAGCACUUAUUGAUAAUUGUUUUCAUAGAAUGCAAAGACAUUUUAAAUUCACCAACUCAAAUCAUUCAAUCUUCUCCAUAUUACUACCCAAACCCUUUGAAUCUUGUAUAUUCUUUUAUUCUUGUAUAUUCUUUGAAUUUACAUAGAUGUGAUGAAAUAUAGUAAGGAGGUGGAUUCCCAAGAGAGAAGGAGUGCCUUUCAGAGGAGUAAGAGGCAACUCAAUUCAGAUUUUAUGUGUGUGAGAAAUAGGGUGAAGACAGCCCUUCCCUUUGCAGCAUAUAUUGUAUACAGAUAAUAAAGUGCUCAGUCCGGCAAGAUUUUGUGUAGAUCUGUUUCCCUGAAAAUAAGACCCAACCAGAAAAUAAGUCCUAGCGUGAUUUUUCAGGAUGCUCGUUAUAUAAGCCCUAACCCCCAAAAUAAGCCCCAGUUAAGCCUGUCAAUCAGAUGGGUGCAUAUAGUAUAGUAUUUCCCCAAAAAUAAGACCUAACCAGAAAAUAAGCCCUGAUCCAUCUUUUGGCGCAAAAAUUAAUAUAAGACCCGGUCUAAUUUUCAGGGAAACACAGUAGGUUUUAAACAACAUAUGGAACCUAAAUAAUAUAGAGAGCCAGUUCAGUUUAGUGAUCAAGGUACCAGGCUAGAAAGCAGGAGAUCAUGAGUUCAAGUCCCGCCUUAGCCAUGAAUACUACAUGGGUGACUUUUUGCCAGUCACACUCUCUCAUCACCUCAAAAGGUUGUUGCUGUUGAGAAAAGAGGAGUAGCAAGAUGUAUUGGAUAUGUUCACCAAAUUGGGUUGUUUAUAAUAUUAAUAAA